AUGGUUUUGAAAGAAACUUUAAGGCUUUAUCUUGUUACACCUAUGCUACUUCCUCGCGAGUCAAGGAUCAUUGUGAACGUUUGGGCAAUUGGGAGAGAUCCUAAUGUCUGGUCUAAUAAUGUUGAAGAGUUCUUUCCAGAAAGGUUCGUUAAUAGAAAUAUAGAACUUCAUGGACAUGAUUUUAAACUUAUCCCAUUUGGUUCAGGUUGUAGAGUAUGCCCGGGGAGGAAAUUAGCAUUAAUCACAGUUAAACUUAUUUUAGCUCAAUUGGUGCAUUGUUUUGAUUGGGAGCUGCCUGGUGGAAUGUCGCCAAAUGAAUUGGACAUGACUGAAAAAUUUAGUUCCACGUUGCCAAGGAAGAAUAAUCUCUGUGCCAAGCCUAUUUAUUGCAUGUAG